UCAUUCACGUCCGACCGGUUACUGUUUCCUUACCGCUCCACAUGAUCCCUAGAUUGCCACCAUUAUUGCUAAUUGCUCUAGGAGGAGCUACUGUUUACGGUAUACAAAACGUACUGAACCGAUUAGAGCAGCGUGCCCUCGCAGCACCAGGUGGAAAAACUAGAAUCCCUUUCAAAAUCCAGCAUGCUGGUGCUUUAAGAAUGACUCGAGCUGGCGUCAUAGGAGCUACUAUAGCAUACACAGGCUAUUGGAUAUACGAUAAACGAUCAUCAAGACCCACACCAGCGUCUCAAAGACAUGGUGAACAAAAAACUUUCCACGCUGAUCAAUAUGCCGAUAGAGAUCGCUCACAACGACAGUACGUUGAGGAGAUGCGAGCCCAGCAGCGACUAUCAGAAGAAGAGCGCCGUGCACAGCUGCGUGGUGAAGUUGAAAUGAUGGAACGUUCCUCCCACUAGGUGUCAGUAGGAUAUCCAUUGUCGAAAAAUCGCCUCUGUAAUUUUUGGAUGUCGCACUUUGUCACCCCCUCAUAUACUAUCUGCAAAUUGGCUGUUUCUAGCUAUAGGGUCAGCGAUGGCUGAUUCCCCCACUUGAGUCAAUACGACUAAGUGGUAUGUAUACAUCAUGUACUGUACCUACUAACCACCUCCUCGCACCUGUUAAACUUGUACGCAAUUAAAAAAUACCGGGGAUUUGAAA